UGGUAGGGCCCGCGGCCUCAUUUUCUUCUUCUUCUUCUCGCUAGGUCUGACUUUUGGACUCAAAUCUCGAAGCAAUGCCCUUUACUAAGACAUAUUUCUUGUGUCCAACAUCCGACUUCAUACAUCCACCACCAACUGGGCCGCUAUGUCUUGGGUCUAUAAUCCGCUCGACGUCGACACCGCAAUAUCCUCUGAACAAAGCAAGCGUUGUAUACAUUCCUAAUGAAUUGCCACCUGUCGUGGAGACCGACUGGAAGAAGACAGUUUCCAUCGAGAAAGGGCUAGGCGUGGGAGUCUAUGCGCAAUUCUUACAGCUGGCUACUGCUGGACUGCCCGUUGGCUCUGAGCUGGACGUUGAACGUUCCAACAAGGCGGCAGAUACGUUUGCCUUCGACACAGUUACCACACUCGCGUUCGAACCGACUCAAGAAUACGUAGAACGGGCGGUCAAGGCGCCAGCCGUGCAGGCAUGGCUGAGAGAGCCGAGGCAGAGAUUUGCACUUUUCAGUGAGCUUUUCCUCGUCACUGGCAUGAAGCUCGUCAAAGGCGCCAAGAUCAAAUACUCGACAUCACAGAGCACCGCAGUCAAAGGAAAUCUCGGGAUCGAUGUGCCGACGCUGGGAAUGACUGUUGGCCCAAAAGGUCAUUGGACUCGUACCAGUGACGAUGAGACGGAGUCCAAUCGUGAAUCGGAAUUUGUUUUUGCGUUUCGAGUGAAAAGGCUCAAGAUUGGCCGCAGAAUAAAGCUUGAGGAGUACAGCAAAGGUGCGUUCAUGAAUGCUGGCGAGAAGAAGGAUGAUGACGAAUGUGUAUUGUUCGAAGAAGUGGACGGAGGCAACAUUCAGACUGCUGAGACUGUUCCGGAUGUGACAGAGAAUGGCGAUGUCUAUUGCGUUCGCCCUUGAUUGCUCUAGAUGAAUGCUGGAAUGCGAACAGCUAGAGUAUCAGUUAAGCAUGCGCGAUCGAAAUUCCGUGAACAAGUUGACGCUUCAACAGCCACUCGUACACUGACUAGUAUUUGU